AUGUACCUCAUCGCUCUCAUUUUAUACUUGCUCAUCCCUCUCUCCAAUGGCCAACAAUGUCUCUCCUUAGCAAAUUCAACCGCCUGUCCUGCAUUCACCAACUACUAUGUCAGCAUUGGCCAGGCAUCCUUUGUGACAUAUCCAUGGCUUGCGAACGUUACCUCCAUCGCCGAUUUCGAUCUUGGUCUGCUGUCAUACAUCAACUCAUCAGCCCCAUGGCAACCUUUGGGCUGUAAUGGGCAUGUCUAUCCACGCUUUGCUGCCACAGUCACAUGUUCCAAACUUGUGCUCGACUAUUCUUCUUCUUUACCUUGUAACCUCGAAAACAACGUCUUGCCAAAAUUGCUCUGUCGAUCCACUUGCACCUCUAACGUCAAUUCGAUCCUUUCUCUGAUACAGACCAAGGCUGUGACCUGUAUUGGUGACGAAGACGGAUAUCAGCAAAUACUACAGAAUCAACGUACGGCGUGCGAAUCUACCGGAGAACAAUCGACUUGUUUGGAUGGUUUAGUAAAUGAAGGUGGCUGUGGAUUCCAAAAUGAUCAAAAAUCAAUGUGCAGCUACUGCCAAACAGUUAAUACAACUCUAGAUUGUUGCAAAGGGCUGCAGUGCAAGUCUGCGGCCGAUAUCAGUCGGACCCACAGAAACAAGUUGAUCGGGAUUAUUGUUGGUGUAUUGGGAGGUCUUUUAUUAUUGGGGCUGACGAUAUUGAUAUGGUGGUGGUGUUUCUGGGGAAAAAAGAAAAAGAGUCAAAAAAAGAAGAAGCCCAGGCAGGGCUACAGUCAGGCAGAAUCCUAUGACAUGGUGCCUCCGACCGAGCCGUUGGGCGAUGAGCCACCAAUAGACACAUGGUCGGGCGUACCAGGACAGCCGGGCGUUAUACCUGCUGCGGCAGUGAUGGCAAAAAACAAUCAAAACAAUAUUAUUAUUAACAAUAGUAACACUGCUAGCAAUCCUAGUAACAUUAACAGUAAUCGUAACAGUAACAGUAACAAUAGUAACACUGAUGGUGAAAUCGAAGGUGUAUCCAAAGUACAGACUUAUCUCGAAGGAUUCUGUCAAGUAAUCUACUCCAAAGAACCUCAGCACGAAGACGAAAUCCUUAUCACUCAGGGCGACAUUAUUCGAAUGUACUACUACUUUGAUGAUGGCUGGGCACUUGGUGACAAUCUAAUGACCUGUGAACGAGGACUAUUCCCUUUACUCUGUGUGGUAACAAUGGAUCCAACCGAGAUCAACGCCAUAUUUGCCAUGGCCGAAUUACAAAUACCCCAAGACACUAUUCCAUGUGACGACCAAGACGCAAGUAGCGAGGGCUCCUAUCGAUUGACUACAUCCGGUGUCCAGAAGCUACGUCGCUCGGCUACCCUAACCAAUACCCGCACUCCACAACCUCCAGAAGAACAAAACAUACUGCUACCCCAGAGAUCGGCUUCAAUGCAUUCACGAUUCCGAGCUGCUCGAUCAAGUCUUGAACUUCAAAGGUGUUCUGGAGAACACAGUAGUAGCUGGUCUGAAAUUGCACCAACUGCCUCUAAUAGUCGUACAUUUCUUAACAACUAUUAA